AAAAAAAUUCUUCGACAUCUCGCUGGAUCAAUAGACCAAGAAAAUAUAGCAUUUUUAAAAAUAUAAAUUACAAUCAUAUUAAUCUCAAAAUUAUAAAUUACGAAAAAAGUCAACAAAAUGUAAAUAUAUUAUAGCGUAGUGGACAAUUUUUUUAAUAAUGUUUAUUUUCAUUAGAAAUGUCCAUUAAAACAUUUUAAUGUCGAGAAAGUAUCUUCUCUUCAUUGUUCAGGUGGUUGACAAUAACAUUUCAUUUAGGCAUUUAAAGAUUAUUUCAAAAAACAUUUGGAAAUAACUAAAAAAAUAUGUCGCCUCUGUGCUAUAUGUGCAGUAUGUUUUAACUGUUCUUUUUUUUUUUUUUAUUAAACUAUAUUAUUGUUAAUUACUUCUUAAAAUGUUAUGUUAUUGUAGGUUUUUAUUGUCCAUUGAUAAAUUUGUAUGUCUUUGGAUGAUAACAGUCAUGAACCUUACUGCAUCAACUUGAAAACAAUGACAAAAUUUAACUUAUCGGUUUGUUCAUAAUUAAAAUGAGACUCAAAUAAUGUAAUUAAAAGUGAUGGAUUUCUUGGGGGAACUUAUCGCUUUAGGGAUUGAUGCCAUAAUUGUGGGUGUUUGUACUAGGUUAUAUCUGAAUUGCAGUUGGUCUAUCAAUUUAAUAGAAAGAGCUCAACGCCUUGGAAUCAAUCCUGAAAUAAAAAAUUUAAGCGAUGAGGAAAAGAAAUACACUAUUUGUCAAGGAGAUGUCAAAGCUGUGGGAAAAUCAGUUAAAAGUUCUGGCUCACAAGAUUAUUCUGGUGUGAUCCUGAGAAGGAGUAUUAUGGAACAUGCAAUCGCACGUAAUGCAUCUGGAUUUUGGGCUGAUCAAAAAAAUGUUAUCCACGUGUCACAUAAUGUUGUACCUUUUGUACUUAAGAAAGGCAAAUUCACUAUUGAGAUCCUUGAUCCAGUUUCUGCAGAGCUACUAGAUUUGGAUACAGUGUAUAACCAGUUUGAAAACAGUACGCUAAGUGUUAUGGAUCAUAUUAUUGGUUUUUUCAAUGGAGUAAGACAGAGAGGUAUUGAAACAACUGAAGAACUUUUGAAAGAAGGAACUCCACUGACAGCUAUCGGGGAAGUAAUGGUUAAUCACAGUGGUUAUCUUCAGAUGUCUCCUCCAUCUGCUGGUUACCCUUAUUACUUAACCACCAUGCCAGUGUCAUCUCUGAUAAGAAAAUUAGAGGAACAACAAAGCACAUAUAGGUGGUUGACACUCCUUUUUGGAAGCAUUGGAGUCGUUCUUGGAGUAAUUGUCGUUAAAAAAUGGUGGACUCUGAAAGAACUGAGGUUAAAAGAAGAAGAAAAAAAAAGGAGGCUUGAAGAAACAAGGAGGGAAAGGAGAAGAAAUGCGCGAGAUGGAAGGGAACUAUCAGAUAAUGAAUUGUGUGUUGCAUGCAGGGUCAAUCCCAAAGAAAUAAUAAUUUUACAUUGUGGCCAUGUCUGCUUAUGCGAAGAUUGUUCUGAAGGAGUGAAGGAUACCUGUCCAGUCUGUCGAUCGCCUAUUGUCAGCAAAGCAGCAGCUUUUAUAUGAUGAAUGAAUUAAAAAAAAUAUAUAUAUAUUAUAAAUUUUAUUUCGGCAUCGAUUUUAGGGACAUUGUAUUUUGUUCAGUAGACGAUUAAAUAGUUGUAUUUCUUUUAUUAAUACCAAGAACUUUGAAAGGAACAAAGUGUAAGGUAUUUAAAAACAAUUGGAGUGAAGUAUUGUUUAUUGUUAAUAGUUAAAAAAUAUUUCUUCCAUCGAUACAUGUAUAUACAUCUUAAAACAUAUUUACAUUUAAGUGUCGUCUUCUUGGCCAACUAAUACUGCCAUCUGCAACAAACAAUAAAAUUUCUGUUAAAUCUUUUCAAAAAAGAAAACUUUCAAAUUACAAUAGUUCUUGCUUAUAUAAUAAAAAGCUGGAAGAUAUAUAACACAUCUGACGUUAUUACUAUUUUCCACUAAAAAACAUUUCUCAUGAUUGAGAUUAUCCAUUUUAACUUAAAGAAACUUAGGGUGCUGAAGUAAAGAAAUGCAGAUAUGACCCUAACCAGCAGAUAUUUGUUUAAGUAUAUAUAAAGCUGAGUUCUUAACCUUGUGAUGAAAUUUAAAUAACAUCUACAAUUACAAUACUUAAUUUUUUUAAAAAGAUCAUUUGAGCUGGAUCUAUAACUGUAACAAUCAUUAUUUUGUUAAAGUACUUCUAGAUCGGAAACUGAUUUUAAUAUAUAUGAGAAGUAUUGUUCAGAAAAUUAAAACUUCAAUUCUAUGAUAAUGACUGAAGGUUAUAGGAAUAAAUUAACAUUAAAUAGAAAUUUUUCUAAAGAUUCCACUUUUAAUAAAAAUUAACCUGGUGCCAAACUGAAAAUUUCAUCACUUAAAGCUCAAUCUUAAAAAAAUAAUUAAUUUUCUUGAAUUCUAAACUUAGAGUGAAUUUAUUUAAGGAAAUUAAACUGAAACUGACCAAUGUUCUCAGAAUAAUAAAAUGCCAAUUAAUUUAUAUGAACAUAUUUCUUCACAAUUUACGCUAAAAAUAAUAAAAUACAUUUUUCUACAUUGGUUGAAAAAUGUUUAUGAUAACUUGAUAAUAUCAUUACACGUAACCAUUUAAUUGAGUUCCUAUUUAUUGACAACUUUAACUGAAAUAUGACUGCGAUAAACAUGACACAUAAAAUAUCUUACUUUUUUUGGAAGCUAAGGUAUAUAUGAAUAGAAAACAGAUUAUUUUUUGUAGAGUACUGUUUUUUUUUUGUUUUUUUUUAAUCCAAUAACUAUACAUACUAGUAUGUAUGUAUAUUUGGCUUGUUUUGAACCAAUACAAAAUUAUUAACUCUGCUGUCCUGUUUUUGUUAUUUCAAGGGUUUAACACCGAAUCGAGUUUAUAAAAAUGUUAGUAGUGAGUAAAAUGCUCAAUAUUAAUUAAUGUCUUGUUAAUUUAAUUAUAGAAUUUUGUUAAUAAAAGUAUUUUAUUACAUUGUUAUUGUUAUUGGUACUGUCGGUACAUGUAUUCAUGAUAAUAUUUUUGAUCAAAAAUCAAUAAAGAAAAACAUACAAAUAUAAAUGCUUUGAAUACAGGAAUAUCUGUUCUGAGCCUUUCGGUUGACAGAAUGACUAACUCCAAUUACGUUUUUGAGCAAAGUCAUUUUAGUGAUAUUUCUAGUUGGGAAAUUGAUAUCUAUAAAGACAGUGAGUAAGCUGAUUCAAGAGUAGGUGAUUGCAACGUUGAAAUAGAGAACUGUGAAUAAUGGUAUAAAUUUUUCCACUAGAAAUAUCACUAAAAUUAAUAAUAAAAAAUGUUGAAAUUGAAGUUCUGUCAACUGAAAAGGCUCAUAUGUUUAUAUUAAAAUUAUACUUUGAAUAAUUUCCUUUACUCUAAUAGUAAUAUUGAUUUGUUUUGGACUAAAUUUCUUAAGAAGUCAAUGAAUAGCAGGGCUGAGGUUCCAUACAUACAACCAAACCUAUUUUAAUUAGUGGGAAGGUCGAGAUUCAUUACGAUAAGUCUAUCAUGAAAUAAACUUUGAACCACCCAGCCCAGAUUUGAACCAGCACCUCUAGACUCAAGAAUGUUAAAGCAGGCAAAACCUAAUAUGCUCGGCCGUUAAGGCCUGGUGGAUGCAAAAUCUAUCGAACAAACUUGGACAAAUUGAGUUUACUAAGUGAGAAGUGUCUCAUGCAUGCUAUUCAAUUCUUCUUACAGAUUGCCAUCUAUAGUCAAUAUCAUCGAAAUAUUGAUAUUUUCCACUACUACGAAUUACAUUCUAUUUGAAACAGGCAAGAUGAGAAUUUUUUUUUUCUUACGAUCAGAUACUUAUUUUUUAGCUCAGAUUUUUGUUUUUAUCACAUUUUAUUACAUUCUGUCACAUCCAAGGACACUAUUAAUUGAAUAUCGUAUUAUAAAUAUUCAAGGGACGAUAUCUAAAGUAGAUAAUAUUGAAGUAGAUGCAUAUGAGAGUAAAAUAUUGAUAUUAUUGACUAUCGAUAGCCAUUCCUUUCCGCAACAGAUGUAAAAAUAUAAAUAAUUACUUGCCAGCGCUGAAUGGAGAAUCAGAGAAUAAUAUCUUCCUCAUAGAGCUACCUAACCAGCCAUUUAGAUUAGAAAUUACAUUUUUUUUUUUUUCGAAUUUACCUGUGUAUUGAUAAAAAGUGGCAGAAAUUUAUAGUAAAAAUAUAGUCAACCCCCAUGGCUUAAAUUACUAAUGCGAAAUUCAUUAAUAUUCAAGAGAGGAUAAAAACUGUUUCAUUCUUCGAUGUAUAAAGAACAUCCAUCCACCUUUGAUCAUUUUAAUUUUUUCUCUUGAUGUUGGAUUACCAACAGAAAAAAAUUAAAUUACCCAUGAUUGGUAAUUUAAUUUUUCAAAUUCCUAAUAUGAAGAAGAAUGUAACUGUAUGUUUCGAUAUCCUGAAAAGCAGCAAUUUUUAUAUCUGUAAGUUUAGCAUGGGAUAUACUUAUAUAUUAAUUAAUAUAUAUAUAUAUAUAUAUAUAUAUAU